AUGAUGCUUUUCGUCCACAACCAAUGUCCUUCUCUUCUACUCCCUUCCUCUUCAUUUCCCACAUACCCAGUAAUUUUCUCCAGAAAUCCUCAUGAGUCAUUGCCCUUUGCGCCUGCUCAAAAAACCAACACAAGAGCUGUCAUUAGACCGUGUUUUGCGCCCAAGAACGAGACUUGUGGAGGUUUUGAUACAGCUGAAGAAAAAGAAAAUGAAAUGGAGGAUUCCACUGAGACCCUCUUGUACUCCUUCACUCCUUUGCCUGUGCUCUUUUUGGCUGCCCUUCCCGGAGAACAUUGUCACGGACUCGAAAGUGAACUUGCUCGAGGAAUUCCUUCAAUUACUUUUAUUGCCAGAGCCACUAGUUUUGCCCUCUGGAACCUUGUUUUGAAGCUUUAA